AUGUCUACCCCCAGCAGCACCCCAGACAGCCCCAACAAGCGGCUGCUACAGAUCCCGUCACCCAUUGUCACCCGCCGCACCCGAACUAAGUCCACGAGUGAGAUAGCCAUCACCAACCCCGAGGUGAAGGGGAAGGUGAGAUACUUCUGCCGCACCAAGGGACACGGCUUUAUUGUUCCUGAGAAUGGCUCUGAGGACCUCUUCCUUCACAUCUCUGACAUCGAGGGGGAGUACGUGCCCCAGGAAGGAGAUGAGGUCACCUACCGCCUCUGCCCCAUCCCCCCCAAGAGGGAGAAGUACCAGGCCACUCAUGUUCGUAUCGUCAACUUCACACCUGAGGUUCACCAUCGCUGGGACUGCAAACCCCAUGAGGAUGCACACCACUAG